AUGACAUGCUGCGUAAAAACAAAGACUCAGCUUCUGCAGGGUGGAAGUGUUUCAAAAGGCAAGGGCAAGGGGGGCAAACCCAGCGGCAAGGGGAAAGACAAUGGUGGCGAGAAGUGGAUUCAAGUCAAGCCCACAGUGCUUGUCACUGGAUGUGCUGGCUAUGUGGCAACGAGUAUCAUACGCAAGCUGGUCAGUGAUGGGUACAAGGUGCGCGGCACGAUGCGAUCCGUGGACGUCAGUGACACUCGAGUAGCGAUGAUGAAGCGCAUCUUCCCUCAAGUGGAGUUGGUGGAGGCUGAUCUGCUAGGGGCAGAGGACAGCUUCGCCAAGGCCAUGGAAGGCUGCAAGUACGUCAUCCACACGGCGUCACCUUUUAAGCUCGAUGCCAAGGACGUCCAGGCGGAGCUCAUCGCACCAGCGAUAAAGGGCACCGAGGCUGUGAUGCGAGCAGCAGCGAAGGCAAAGAUUUCCAGAGUGGUCCUCACCUCCUCCGUUGCAGCCAUUGGAAACUGGACAAAGGAGGGAAAGUCGGGCAAGGUCUGGACUGAGGAGGAUUGGUGUGAGGACGAGCCGGACGGUCCGGUUACAGGUUACAGAGUUUCCAAGACCUUAGCUGAAAAGAAGGCUUGGGAAUUGUCCAAAGAGUUAGGUGUUGAGCUGGCAGUUCUGAACCCGGGCUUCGUGAUCGGCCCCAUGCUUUCCGCGCGGAAAGAUGGUGAGUCCGUGCAGUUCAUGGUGAAAAUGCUGGAUGGCACCAUGAAGGAGAAGGCCGCUGCUGGUCAGCUCGCCGGCUACCCGAAGCCUGUUACCGAUGUUCGCGACCUGGCCCUGGCGCAUGUCCGAGCAAUGGAGAAAGAGGAGGCUGCUGGCAAGCGAGUUCUGAUCUGUUCAGAAACUGGUUAUACGUCAGCCAAGAUGGCUUCGCUUCUUGGUGAUCGCUUCAAGGCGUACCCACUCCCAACGGAGAGCCAGGAGCAGGAAAUUGAUGCGAAGUUCGACAACAAGAGGACGAAGGAGAUCCUGGGUGUCUCUUUGCGCCCCGUGGAAGUCUCCUUGCGAGAUAUGGCAGCUGCCGCGCUGAGGCUGGGAAUGGUAGAACGAAAGUUCAUCAAGAAAGCGGCCAAGGGAUUUGGCAAGGUCACAGACAUUAUGCCAGACAGCAGGAGCGUGUACCUCCUCGUGAGUGUCGUCUCCAUCGGAACACCCGAGGAGGGCAGAGGUGGAGACACAAUCACAGAGGUCGUGGUUGGCGACUCCACCGGAGUAGUGACUGUCCGGUUAAACAGCGAGGAGAUGAAGGCUUUGGGGGCCGUCGGCGAUGUGGUCGAGAUCAGGAAUGGCGCCGUCAAAAUGACAAAGCUCCUUCGCACCAUAUCAGAGCCAUACAUGUUUUCAGCGUGCAUGUCCACUUCAGCGGGAGCUGCAAAGGCAGCAAAGGAUGGGGUAAUGCCCGUCAUCGAAGUCAGAGCCGCGCAAGUCACGCAUCCGACUGGAGAUCCAAAGUUUUCCGUGAUGCAGCCUUUCCCAGCAGGAAUUUCCGAAAAGGACGCAGACCCAUUCCUCAUGUGCGACGAGUUUGGGCCUUCCGUUAGCUCAGGCGUGGAGACCCACCCCGACAAAUUUCCUGUGGCAUGGCAUCCUCACAUGGGCAUGGACAUUAUGACCUACAUGCGAGAGGGAUAUGGCCGGCAUGCAGACUCUCUCGGCAACCGAGAGACGUUCCAGGGUCCCGGUUUUCAGUGGAUCAGUGUUGGCAGCGGCAUAGAGCACGCUGAAGGCGGUGGCACCCCGAAAGGAGAGACGCAGCAUGGUUUCCAGAUUUGGCUGAAUGUACCGAAAAAGCACAAAGCAGAUGAUCCUGAAUACGGGACGGUGGACGAGAAGCUCUUGCCAGUUUUCGAACUGGAGGAAGGUGCCGGCCAAGCGCGGCUUCUCGCGGGUCCCUAUCAUGGUCAGGCUGGCGCUUUCAGGACGAAGCAAAGUGUGCAAAUGAUCGAUUUCGAGAUCCUGCCUGGAUCCACGGUGUGUCAUUCCGUCCCGGAAGAGAUGAAUACGGUUCUGGUAUACUGCUACAAAGGCCAGUGCCGCGUCGGGGCAGAGGGCAAAGUGCUGCCCGCUCAGCACGUUGCUCGGCUAGAUGCCAACAGGACGGCCGACAGGAGCCUUCUGCUGGAAGCAUCGGCCAAGGAUGGCGCAAGUUGCCUGCUGUUUGCUGGCAAGCGCAUCAAUGAAUCGAUUGCCUGGCACGGGCCGUUCGUGGCAACCGACAAGAAGGAGCUGAUGCUCGCCUUCCGUGCCUAUCAGGAUGGCAAGUUCCCACCAAAGCGAGUUCCGUGGGACUAUCGCAAAGCCUCUGCGAAGCCAGAGUCAGUCACCUGGCAGCGAGUGCACAUCGGCUUUAUCCGGCUCAUCGUCGGCAAGUGGGGCAAAGUUGCUAAACACGAUGGUGACACCACCGUGACUCCCAGCCAGGCGCGGGAUAUCUCCAGCACAGAGUAUGAGCUCGUUGCAGCCGCUGAUCGCAAUCACAUUCCAGAAAUCGUGUUGCUGUUUCACGAGCUGUCGCUGGUACAAGCGCUGAACGAGUGGCACUGGAACAACAAUUGCUUCCACGAUCACGUCCUGCAGUUUGCGAAGAGCCAUGAGUUGGUCCUGAAAUCGGAAGAGGAUGAGCAUUCUCAUGAGCUGUAUCAGCUCCACGAAGACUUCAGGCAGCUGCUGGAAAGCUUUGUUACGAGCUUUCUGGACCAUUAUGGUGCGACUCUAGACAAUUUGGAGGCCGCGCUGCUUGAAGCGCAGGCCUCGGAUGACCUGUACGUCACGAUGAGCUCUGAGGUUGUUCGAGAAGAGCUCUUCGCGUUACUGGAUUAUCAGGCUUUCCAUAAGACAAUGCUUCGUGCAGUGGCAAUGGAUGCAGAAUCACAGCGGCCAGUGGGUGCUCCUGCCGACGAUGAUUUCAGGGACACUGUGGGGCCAGGAAGGAACAAUGGAUACCUGUCAUAG